GGCCAGCCGCCAUAAUCAUCAGCGCAUAUGUGGCACUUUGCGGUCUGCGAAGCGGAUAAGCUUAAGCUUGCUUUAUAUGCAUUUUAUAUUUUUUGUUUAAAAAAAACCUCUUUUGCACAGCUCCUCAAGCAUGCUCUCUUCGAAUUCACGGCUAUGGCUGCCGCGGCCUACCACGUGCUGACAGUGCAGCGCAAAUUCAGCAGCAAGAGGCCAGGACUGGGUCUCUCAGAAACGCUCAAAAGCGUGAUAAAUACUGGCACCCCAGGAGACAACGUCAAGGUCACCGGCUGGGUGCGUUCAGUGCGCAUGCAAAAGCGGAUUGCCUUUGCUGAGGUUACUGAUGGAUCGACACUUCAUCAUCAUGGACGAUCGCAGAUGGCCACCGACCUGUCCACCGGGUGCUCAGUUGAGAUCACCGGCAAGCUGGCCACCAGCCCCGGGCGCGAGCAGAGCAAGGAGAUACAGGCCACACACGUCAGCGUCAUUGGAAAGUCUGAUCCUGAGUCGUAUCCUCUGCAGAAGAAGAGGCACACGCUGGAGUUUCUGCGUGAAAUCGGCUAUCUGCGCCCGCGCUCGCAGACCAUCGGCGCAGUGACCCGUCUGCGAGACCAGGCCGAAAUCGGGCUACACAAAUUCUUUCACGACCACGACUUCAUGCGGAUACACACGCCCGCACUGACCACCAAUGAUUGUGAGGGCGGCGGCGAGACCUUCAAUGUGGUCAACCUGACGGUGUCAGGGCAGCUGCAUCUCGAGGUGUUUGCUGGUGCGUUCAAGCGCGUAUACAACUUCAACCAGUCCUUCCGCGCCGAGCCCAGCCAGACGGGCAGGCACUUGUCCGAGUUUUGGAUGCUAGAGGCUGAGUGCGCAUUCAUGAACGACCUGCCUACUCUGGUGAACAUCGAGGAGGAAAUGAUUCGCUCAACCACGCAGCACAUUGCUGAUACUGCGGGAACAGACCUCGACUUUUUCUUGCACAAGAACGAAGAUUGGGCAAGCUUCUACACAGAGGCCAUCGACAUCCUCCAGCGCGCUGACGCCAAGGCCAAGUUUAGCUUCAAGCCGCAAUGGGGCCAGGGGCUGCAGAGCGAGCACGAGCGCUAUCUGGCCACUACCCACUUUGCAGGGCCUGUGUUCGUCACCGAUUAUCCCGCAGAUAUCAAGUCGUUCUAUAUGCUGCCCAAUCCCGAUGGCCGCACAGUGGCGUGCAUGGAUCUGUUGGUUCCUGGACCCUGUGAGUUGCUCGGUGGCAGUCUGAGAGAUCAUGACUACCAGCGGCUGAAGAGUAAGGUCGAGAGUCUGGGCUUCGAGGAAGGGUCACUGGACUGGUAUCUCGAUUUGCGCAAGUACGGCUCGACGCCGCACGGCGGAUUUGGCAUGGGAUUCGAGAGAUACAUCCAAAUGAUAACUGGGCUUGAAAGCGUGAGGGACAUUAUCCCCUUUCCGAGACACGCCGGCCGUUGCCAGUAUUAACCCUACCAUUCGGGCACGUGUGUCUGUAUGUAAAUUGUGUUUUAUGCAACUUGGUUGAUGCAAUUAUCGAUAAUAUUAAUGAAAAAUGCAU